AGUGAUGGUGACUUCGGUCUUUGACAUUAUUAGAAUCACACCUUGUGGACGAUGUAUAAAAGUAGCGGCUACCACAUUUUGAAAGCACAGUUGGCACUUGUUCUCUGUGUUGGCUUGCAAACUGAUUCAACAUGCCUAAGGUUAACUUAAAUACCAUGAAAUGUUUUCUGCUAUUCGGAUUGGUGUUAAUCCAUGGCACUGAAGCAACUAAAGGAAAAGGAAGAGGCGGAGGUUACGGUGGAGGUAUGAGCUAUGGCGGGGGAGGACAUGGAGGUGGAGGUUACGGCGGUGGAGGACACGGUAGUGGAGGGCACGGAAGCGGAGGUUACGGAGGCGGAGGGCACGGAGGUGGUAGCGGAGGAUACGGUGCUGCUCCUCCUCCACAAAUAAUUUAUAUCCCUGCCCCUCAGCCUGUCAUCGUGUCGGCUCCUCAACCAAUCGCCCAUCACCAGCCACCACAUAGGCCUGCUCCUUCUUAUGGCGGGGGAGGCCAUGGUGGUAGUGGUGGUGGUGGUUAUGGCGGAGGUCAGAUGGGAGGUGGUUCCUACGGAGGAUCAGCCGGAGGAGGGCAUGGAGGUGGCCAUGGAGGUCAUCAAUCUGGUGGUUAUGGAGGAUCGGCAGGAGGUGGUCAUCGAGGUCCCCAACCUGGCGGUUAUGGAGGCUCUUCUGGAGCUGCACCUGUCCACGUACAUGUUCACGCUCCUGCUCCAGUUGCUGCACCAGUUCAUCACGCGGCUCCAGUCCCUUCUUACGGUGGGGGUAGUCACGGAGGAGCAGCUGGUGGCUACGGAGGACCAAUUGGAGGAGGAAAUGGAGGUGGACAUGGAGGUCAUCAGUCCGCUGGCUAUGGAGGAUCGAUGGGUGGUGGACACGGAGGUCAUGGAGGCUCAUCAGGAGGAGGCUAUGCUCCUGGUCCAGUAGCUCCACCACCUCACCCGGCCCCAAUGCCUUCUUACGGAGGUGGACAUGGUGGACAAAUCGGUGGUCACGGAGGUGCUGUAGGAGGAGGACAUGGCGGACAAGCUGGUGGCUAUGGAGGUUCGGCAGGAGGAGGACACGGUGGUCAAGCUGGUGGCUAUGGAGGCUCUGUAGGAGGAGGUCAUGGAGCUGGUGGGUAUGGUGGAUCAGGCGGAGGUGGGUAUCCUUCUGCCCCCGUAGCCCCACCUCAUCAGCCGCCUCCAGUCGCCUCCUACGGCCCUCCACCCCAAUCUGCUGGAGGAUACUAAACCGGUGACUCAACUCUUUUGUAAACGUCGUAUAAAUAUUUAACGUGGUUUCUAAUAAAUGGAUUGCUUCAAUA